UUUUAAUUCAAUAAGGAAAGUUUUCUUAGAAAUAAAAUAAAUAAUGCAUAGUAGAAAGAAGAAAAUCAAACGACACGAUAUCGUAUACGAUAACGUCGAUCGUGAUGCUAUUCCUAAGAGAGGAUAUUACUCCGAGCUGGUCUCUAACUUGGCAAAGGAUGAGAGUUCCAAACAAGUCUUCGCUAAAAGACGGAUGAAACUUCUAUUACAGGCCAAGACUGAUAAACUGGCACCCAUGUUGAUGUCCCUGCCGAAGCCACAGAAACCUAAGCUCCUGUUACCACCUGGAAGAUGGACUACUUACAGCGAAGAUAACAGUAUCCAAUUCCCAUUCGAAACAUUCGUUCCGAAACUCCAGUUUUUGAGCGUAGUUUUACCCAAAGAAAUACCACGACUCGUCAAAAUAGAAAGGCUGCGACGGAAAUUUCUGGCUGCAAAUAUUAAGAAAAUGUUACGGGAGCGAGGAAUACAGCCAUAUCUAUUGAUACCACCAGCUGAGUAUCCUCUGUCUGACGAAGAGUACUACAGCCUUUACAGCAUCUUCCCAAAGAUGGAUCUAGAGCCAUUUGAUAAUACAGAUUAUGACUGCAGGGUCCCAGAAGAAUGGCUAAACCUGGGUCUUAUCGAAGGCGAGCAGUACCCAUGUCCAGGAUUAGCUUUUAUACCGAAACUAGAGGGAAAAGCCACGAAACCUCAUUCGGACAUGCUCCAAAACCUCAACAAUUCUUACCAGUGGACUAACGUAGCGGCGUUUAGUUUUGAUAAAGAAACGGAUAAAUGGGAUAUAAUGGCCUUGGAUGGAUCAAAACGCCGUUUUAAUGUUCCCCGUAUUCGGUUAAUGUUUAAAGCCGAUGAUCCUGAAACUUUCGCGGAAAGAAUCAAGUUUGCAGUCAACUUGCGUAACGAGGUGGAAAACAAUUUCAGAUUCUAUUUAUAUUUGGACUGUCUGAUCCUCGAUGGGCUACCAAGAAUGCCGCUACAUUUUAUGCCGUUGAUAUUAAAUAUGGUGUUAAUUCACCAUCAAGCCAAAGAAGUGGACCAAAACCAUCUUAAUAGCCUUAAACAAGAAGCGGAAACCAAUUACAGGAAAAUGGAGGGUAAAAUGAAGAUAAUAAACACAAUUCUAAAGUACCCAACUCUGUAUAACUUCAUUAACCCGCCAAGUAAGGACUAUAUACCACCUGUACCAGAUUAUGGUCGCUAUCCAUGCGAUAUGGUGGACUUUGCUGGAAGAUUAAAACAUAACCAGUGGUUUUCUCUCUAUGUACUCACGGAAUCCGUUUCUUGCAUACACAUGGUUGUGGAUGAAUGCCUAAAGGUGGAGUCAAUGCUGUUCUUUACAGCUAACUAUGGCAGGAAUGUUAGCCUGGCAGAAUUUGAUGCUGCUCAGCAACAUUGUACCUCUAUGAUGCUGAAAUACCUAAACAUAACAUGGCUGAAUAACACUGCGCAUGCGAUUCGAAUGUCUUACAGAGACGUUGGCAAAGGAUGGUUCGACAUCUACGAAAAGAAAUGGGAGUUCUAUGGUAUCAGUAAGCUAUGCAGGACAAUGCAACUUGUCAGAUUCCGUAUGCAGUACGCUUUACGGUACUCCAUUGAACAAUCCAUGGCAAUGUUCGUCGCUUUAACCGAGACCCCCUGCCUCUGUACAUACUGGUGUGAAGAUGACUACAAGUGGGACUCGUCGGAUCUGAUCAACUCUCCCUUCCGUUCCCCCACCAUCACUCUGUUCUACUUCCAUCUGAUGAUGUCCGUUGAUGGCCCCUACUACACCACGCCUCCGGAACAGUUUGAGAUUGUGAUCCAGAGGCUCUUUCGGGAGAUGCUAUACCGCUGUCACUUCAUACCACAAGUGCAUCCGAAGAUUAUGACUGGUCUUGUAUUCGAUAAGGAGUUAUACCUAACAUCUAUCGGUCUCAUGGAGCCAAAUGUAGUUGAUUACAGAGAAAGGUUGCUGAAAGCGUAUAGAAAAUCCAUCAUUCCUCUGAUUGCGUACAUGCACGAGUACGAUUGCUAUAGAGAUAUUUUCGUGUUGGACAUCGAGGCAUACGUUGAGGCAUUCCGUGAAGAGAAGCAUUCUGCAUCGGAAACGCGGGAAGAAAUCCAAAUGCACUAUGAUGCCAAGCAAGAUUUGAUCUGGCGCCUACCACAAUACAUUAACAUUGGACCAUUUGCGCUAAACGUGGACACUUUAAAGCAAAUACUAGUAACUAAACGCUCGGACAUAAUGAAAGCGUUAUUAACAAUGUGGGCGGAAGAGGUACGCCUUGUAGUGGACGACGUUAUCCAAGCCUAUAAAAACAUCAUGAGGAAAUUGGGGGAGAAACCGAAUUCUAUAGAACACGUCUUCGAGUUAAGAGAAUGGAUGGAGUCCAUUCCGUUUGCCCUGAAGACGCAAGAUGACAUUAUGAAAAAAGUUCAUACCGAUUAUGAAGUACUAGACGUUUUCUUCACUCCUCUUGAAAAUGAAGACUUCAGAGCGCUAUGGGAAGCUAUAGGCUGGCCUUUAAAUAUUACCAAACAGGUAGUAGAAACGACAGAUUUCCUGGAAGAGGAACAGGAGAAGUUCUGGAAACUUCACCAACAAGAUGAACAGACUCUGUUCGAUAAGAUUGACAUGUUCACUGCCCAAUGUAUGGCGCUCACUUUGCAAUCCGAUUUCAGCAGGGUACACGAAAUAGCCAACGAUAUCAAGAAAGCCUGGAAGGGUAUGAAGGACUCCCAAGAUUGGGGACGUAUCCUCAAUCAAAGACAGAAGUUAUUUGGACAACCAGUGGUGCCUUUUGCAGACCUCAACAAAUUGGUCAAAGAAUUUGAACCUUACAGAAACUUGUGGGUCACAGCAUCUGAUUUCCUAAAAUCCAAAGAAGUCUGGUUCGACAACCCCCUCAUGUAUGUGGACGCUGACGCCAUAGAACCCGCCAUCAACGAAUAUUACAAAACCAUAGUCAAGUGUAUCCGCACCUUUGCUGAUUUGCCCAAAGUACAACAUGUUGCACUAACGAUUCGGGAUGACAUGGAUGAGUUCAGACCACUCAUACCUGUGAUACAAGCUGUGAGAAAUCCAGGAAUGAAAGAACGCCAUUGGAACGAGUUUAUGGAGAAGGCUGGUAUAACGGUAACAAUGAAUGACAAACAGACAUUCGCAAUGUGUCUAAAGCAAGGAGUGGCUCAGCAUGCAGAGCUUAUAGCUGAGAUAGGAGAGUUGGCGAGUAAGGAGUACGUCAUCGAACAGUCGCUGGACAAGAUGUUGAACGACUGGGCUGCUAGGACUAUGGAGGUUACUCCUUAUAAGAACACUGGAACCUUCAUAAUGAAGAUACCUGAUGACACACUUCAGUUAUUGGACGAGCAUCUUCUAGCCACUCAACAGCUUGGCUUCAGUCCUUUCAAAGCGGCGUUCGAGCUGCGCAUACAAGAGUGGGAUGACAAACUACGUCUCACGCAAAAAGUUGUAGAAGAAUGGAUGGAAUGCCAAAAGGAAUGGAUGUAUUUAGAGCCCAUCUUCACAUCCGAAGACAUAUCACGCCAACUUCCGAUGGAAGCUAAGAAAUACAACACCAUGGAAAGGAUAUGGAGGAGGAUCAUGUCUGCGGCCCAAGCUUGCCCAAAAAUAAUGAUAAUUUGCCCGGACAGCAGACUGUACGACAGUCUGAUAGAAGCUCGCCACCUCCUCGCUGUGGUGUCCCGUGGUCUGAACGAGUACAUGGAGCUGAAGCGGCUCCGGUUCCCGAGGUUCUUCUUCCUCAGCGACGACGAGUUGCUGGAGAUAUUGUCACAAUCACGCAACCCGAAGGCUGUGCAACCUCAUCUGAGGAAGUGCUUUGAGAAUAUUGCUAAGGUCACCUUCGAACCUGAUCUGAAGAUAUCACAAAUGCACUCCAGUGAAGGAGAAAUAGUGGAGCUGAAGUACAAAUUCUAUCCAACAUCGAACGUGGAACAAUGGCUUUUACUUCUAGAAGAUACCAUGAGACAUACCAUUCGUCUAACACUAGUGGCGGCAAUGGAAGAAAUAUACACGCUCCAUCGUGCCGAGUGGGUGUUGCGGUGGCCGGGACAGGUGGUGAUCGCGGGCUCGCAGACUGCUUGGACUGCUGGAGUUGAAGCCGCCAUCGUCGAUUACCGAAUGGACUUGUUCUUCGAAGAAAACUUGCAGCAGUUGGACAGUCUUCGAGCUUUAGUAAAAGGAGAACUCACAUACUUUCAACGAGAAAUUCUAUGUGCUCUCAUCGUCAUUGAAGUCCACGCUCGUGACGUCACAAGGACCCUUGUCGAUGAAAAUGUUAAGAACGUUUCUGAUUUCCAGUGGAUCUGUCAAUUAAGAUACUACCAAAUAGUAAAGGAUUUGAUCCCACUGGAACCGGAUGAGGUCCCAGAGAUAUAUCAGGAUGAGAAUCGACUGGACACGUCCAAGUAUUACCGACAGUUCAGUCAGAACCACUGCGACGUACGGGCGCUCAACUCUGUUUUCACGUACCAAAAUGAAUAUUUGGGAAACAGUGGUCGGCUAGUCAUCACACCAUUGACAGACCGUUGCUACCUAACCCUCAUGUGUGCGAUGCACCUCAAGUUCGGGGGAGCCCCUGCGGGGCCAGCUGGUACCGGUAAGACGGAGACAACGAAGGACUUGGCGAAAGCUUUGACGGUACAAUGCGUGGUGUUCAACUGCUCAGAUCAACUCGAUUUUAUGGCUAUGGGGAAAUUUUUCAAAGGGCUUGCUGCAUCCGGAGCGUGGGCGUGUUUUGACGAGUUCAAUCGAAUUGAUAUUGAAGUUCUGUCGGUAGUUGCCCAACAGGUGGUCACAAUCCAAAAAGCUCAAAUAGCUCGCCAGGAGAAGUUCAUGUUUGAGGGCGUGGAAUUGCCUUUGAAAGCAUCGUGUGCAGUUUUCAUCACCAUGAAUCCUGGCUAUGCAGGUCGCACGGAAUUACCGGACAAUCUGAAAGCGCUUUUCCGUCCAAUCGCCAUGAUGGUCCCUGAUUAUGCUUUGAUAGCUGAAAUAUCUCUGUUCUCAUACGGUUUCUUCGAAGCCAAGAUCCUGGCUGGGAAGAUUACCACUACGUUCAGGCUUAGUUCUGAACAGCUAUCGUCUCAGGAACAUUACGAUUUUGGAAUGCGAGCGGUCAAAACAGUAAUCCUGGUGGCUGGUAACCUGAUUCGUCAGAUGCCAGACGGUGACGAGCGUCAGAUAGUGCUGCGUGCUUUGCGCGACGUUAACGUACCUAAGUUCCUUGCGGACGACCUUGUUCUUUUUAAUGGUAUAAUAUCAGAUCUGUUUCCACGUGUGGAGAUCCCGGUAGUUGAUUAUGGCAUUAUGGAACAAUCUAUCAGAAAUAUUCUUGUCAAAAGAGGAUACGAUGAUUUGUACACGUUUAUAUUUAAGAUCAUCCAACUGUAUGAGACGACGGUGGUGCGACACGGCUUGAUGUUGGUAGGACCAGCUGGGGUCGGUAAAACAAAGUGUUACGAAAUCCUUCGUGAUGCUCUAACAGCCAUCAAAGGGAAACUGGCACCCGAUGGAUUUCCAUUCACUCCUGUCCACACGUUCGUGGUGAAUCCCAAGUCUAUCACCAUGGGACAGCUCUAUGGGGAAUUUGAUGUGAAUACUCAUGAAUGGACUGAUGGCAUACUGUCAAGUUUAGUCCGUGCUGGCAUAGCAGUGGAGGAUAUGGACAAGCGUUGGUACGUUUUCGAUGGUCCAGUGGAUGCUGUAUGGAUUGAAAACAUGAACACUGUGUUAGAUGACAAUAAGAAGCUAUGUCUCUCAAGCGGUGAGAUAAUGAAGCUGACAGAAAGACAGCGGAUGAUCUUCGAAGUGGCAGAUUUAGCAGUGGCUUCACCUGCCACGGUGUCACGGUGUGGUAUGGUGUACCUCGACACACAGGUGGUUGGCUUACCACCGCUGGUCAAUGCUUGGAUGAAGAGUAACCUUCCACCGAUUGCUGAUAACAUACGCAAGAUCCUACCCGGUCUUAUCACAACAUACUUGUACCCAGCGCUGCAGCUUCUGCGUUCAAGUUGUACUGAAAUCGUCACCUCAAUAGAUUCGUCUCUUGUGCUAAAGUUUCUUGAGCUCUUAGACUAUAGGCUGAGACCUCUCACUGGAAAAGAUGAUAGACCACCACCAGGUGCCCCUUUCUUGGCCAUGAUGCCAAGAUUAGCACCUUGCUGGGUGAUUUGGUCGGUGAUCUGGUCCGUCGGUGCAACCUGCGACCAUAACGGUCGAGCCAAGUUCUCCGAUUUCAUACGGAACCUCAUGAACGAGAAUGAAACUAAACCACUCUUUUCUAAAGAAGGAAGAGUUUAUGAUUACACGCUACACGAUGGAGGAUUUACUGAUCCAACAGACGAUGGUGAACCGGCGAACCCAUAUUGGUAUAACUGGAUGAACAACCUCGAAGAGUACGAAGUAGAUCCUGAAUGGCAAUAUGCAGAUAUCGAAGUGCCAACAUUAGACAACGUCCGGAGCGCUGCUCUCCUCGGGUACAAGAUCGUCAACUAUAACCACGUCAUAUGCGUCGGGCCCACUGGCACGGGGAAGACGGUCACCAUCACCUCAAAGCUUUCAAGAGGCUUGCACAAGAAGUUUAUAUGCGAGUUUCUGGUCUUCUCUGCUCGGACUUCUGCUAAUCAGACUCAAGAUGUAAUAGACAGCAAGUUGGAGAGACGACGUAGAGGAGUGUUCGGGCCUCCGCCGACCAAACGACAAGUGUUCUUCAUCGACGACCUCAACAUGCCCGCACUGGAGGUAUACGGCGCCCAACCACCCAUCGAACUGUUACGUCAGUUUAUGGACUUCUCUGGUUGGUAUGACCGAACCAACAUCGGCGAGUUUAAGACGCUAAUCGACGUUGGUAUGGUGGCAGCAAUGGGACCACCUGGAGGUGGAAGGAAUCCGGUGACGAUGCGUCUUAUGCGGCAUUUCCAUUACAUAUCUUUCACAGAAAUGGAGUAUAAUAGCAAGUAUGCAAUUUUCAACACAAUACUAAAAUCUUGGACGCGUAACUUCCAAACCGGAGUGACCAUCCGCGAAAACGCGUUCCUCAAGAGUUCCAUUGAAGUAUUCAAUUCCCUGGUAGAAGAACUUCUGCCUACGCCUACCAAAUCGCACUACACCUUCAAUCUGCGGGAUUUGAGCAAAGUGUUCCAGGGUAUUUUGAUGGUGGAUCCCACACAUAAUAUCUCGAAUGAGGAAGAUGUUAUAAGGCUGUGGUAUCAUGAGCAUCAACGGGUUUAUCAGGAUAGAUUAGUUAAUGAUGAAGACCGGAAGUGGUUUGUAACUUUGCUAAAUAAAAAGAUUCAAACUGAAUUCAAGAAGAAAUCUGCGGACGUGAUUGGUGGAAGACUGAUGCUGUUCGGUGAUUUUAUGGAUAUCGGCGCUGACGAUCGGAAGUAUGUCGAGAUUACGGAUCAGGCAGAGCUGGACGAAGUUCUGACCCACUAUCUGAACGAGUACAACCUAUCUACAACGGCUCCGUUAGACUUAGUUUUGUUCGAAGACGCUGUGGCGCAUCUGUGUCGUUUAUCACGAAUCAUGAGGCAACCAAUGGCCAACGCUUUGCUGCUCGGUAUGGGAGGGUCAGGUCGUCAAUCAUUAUCCCGGCUUGCGGCAAAUAUAGCAGAACUGCAAUGUAUGCAAAUUGAGAUCACCAAGGCAUACGGACAGGCGGAGUGGCGAGAUGAUCUCAAGAAGACCAUGUUGAAGGCUGGCGCUGAGAACCGUGGCAUCGUCUUUUUGUUUUCUGAUGCUCAGAUAAAAAUGGAAUCUUUCCUUGAAGACCUGAACAACAUACUAAGUUCUGGCGACGUCCCGAACAUAUACGAAGCGGAGGACCUAGACGGGAUCUACAUGUCGGUUAGACAUGCUGUUAUGGAGAUGAAUCUACCAGCUACUAAGGCAAAUCUGUUUGCGUGCUACCAGAAACGGGUGCGAAGCAAUCUGCAUAUGGUUGUUGUUAUGAGCCCUGUGGGAGAGAUCUUCCGAGCUCGUCUCCGCCAGUUCCCUUCCCUGGUCAACUGUUGCACCAUCGAUUGGUUCAGCGAGUGGCCCAAAUCCGCACUCGAGUCUGUGGCCAGGCAUUUCUUCUAUAACAUGCCUGAGUUGCGGACCACUGAUGAAGUUAUUGAGUCUUUGGUUUCUGUCUGCUGUUUCGCUCAUCAAAGCGUGGUGGAGGCAAGCGCCAAGUUCCUCGCACAACUCAACCGCCUCAACUACGUCACGCCGAUGUCGUAUAUGGAGACGCUGGGCGCUUACGCGGAAAUGUUCAAAAAGAAGCAAACCUCCAUACUCACUGAGUCCAAUGCACUUAAAACUGGUUUGAACAAACUCAAUCAAACAGAGGUUGAAGUGAAACAACUACAGAUCGAAUUGGCUGAACUGAAACCGUUAAUGGAAAAGGCAGCGGAGGAAACAAGAAAAGUCAUUGAGCAAAUCGCUAUUGAUACUGAAAUAGCGGAAGACGCUAGAAUCAAAGUGGAAAAGGAACAAGCUAUAGCGGAAUUGAUGGCUAAAGAAACAACUGCAAUGGCUGAGGAUGCUCAGAGAGAUUUAGAUGAAGCAAUGCCAGCACUGAGAGCUGCUGAGAAAGCGUUACAAGAACUGAACCGUAAUGACGUGGUUGAAGUGAAAGCCAUGAAGAAGCCGCCUGCAGGCGUCGUGCUGGUCAUUGAAUCACUGUGCGUGGUCUUCGAUAUCAAACCGAUCAAGGAACCAGGACCAGGUAUUGGUCAGAAGAUCUUGAACUAUUGGAAACCUGGCUCACAAAUGCUGUCAGACCCUACCGCUUUCUUGGACUCCCUAAUGAAGUAUGACAAGGAAUCCAUCACUGAGGACAUGAUCAAGAAACUCAAGAAGUUUAUCCAAGACCCUAACUAUGAUCCUAUGAAAAUUGUAAAGGUCUCAAAAGCAUGCAUGUCUUUAUGCAUGUGGGUGCAUGCCAUGUACAAAUUCUAUCACGUGAAUAAGGCUGUUGCGCCUAAAAAGGCGGCUCUCGAACGAGCAAUGAAGGAACUGGCUGCAGUCGAAGCAAUGUUGGCAAAUGCCAAGGCAAAAAUGCAAGCUCUCCUCGAAGGCAUCGCGAAAUUGAAUGCUUAUCUCCAAGAGAAAGAGGAGGAGAAAAGAAAAAUGGAGGAAGAUAUCAACCAGUGUUUAGCGAGAAUGGAUCGCGCUAACAGGUUGCUUAAUGGACUAUCCAGUGAACGUGUGAGAUGGAUUAAGACUAUCAAAGAAUUGGAUAUAGCCCAAGUCAAUCUUAUUGGAGACAUCAUGCUAAGUGCUUGUGCUGUAGGAUAUGUGACACCAUUCACCGAUGAGUUUCGGAGGGAACUGCUGGAUCAAUGGAUGAAUCACAUUGUGGAAGUGGAAGUACCUCACACUGAAGGUGGAACCCCACUUACGAUUCUCGGUGAUGCAGUUGUUAUAAGGAACUGGCAAAUGUACGGUCUACCACGCGACCCACUGUCAGUUGAAUCCGCCGUACUGAUGUCCAACUCAAGACGCUGGCCUCUCAUCAUUGAUCCUCAGACGCAGGCUAACAAAUGGAUUCGAGCAAUGGACAAAAUCAAUGGUUUAGUCGUUUGCAAACCAAAUGACAGAGAUCUCUUGAGGAAUUUUGAAUCCGCUCUACGUUUUGGAAAACCAGUUUUGUUAGAAAAUGUUGGCCAAGAGCUUGAUCCUGCACUGGACCCAGUUUUGAAGCGACAAUACUUCCGUCAAGCUGGACAGUUGGUACUGAAACUCGGCGAUUCACUGAUACCCUUCACAAAAGGUUUUCGUCUGUACAUCACAACCAAGCUUCCCAACCCCAAGUAUACGCCAGAAACCUCCGUAAAAGUGCAAAUUGUCAACUUUGCUCUAGUACCAAGUGGUCUAGCAGAACAGCUGCUAUCAAUAGUAGUAGCACAAGAAAGACCAGAUCUAGAAGAAUUACGAGGACAACUAAUAGUUUCCCGAGCUCAGCUAGCAACACAGUUGGCUGAGAUGCAAGCUGAUAUCCUGUAUGGUCUGUCCAAUAGUGAAGGAUCUCCAGUAGAUGACUUACCACUGAUUCUUACACUUGAGGCUAUCAAAAUUAAGAGUGCUGAAAUUUUGAUAAAAGUAGAAGACAUAGAGCGUACAUCAGCGGAGAUAGACGAAGCGCGUCAGGGUUACGUGCCAGUCGCUAAUCGCGGUCAGAUAUUAUUCUUCUGUCUGUCCGGCAUGGCCACCGUGGACCCCAUGUAUCAAUACUCGUUGGAAUGGUUUGUCAAGUUGUUCGUGAGAAGCAUGUCGGAGACUGAACCAAAUGAGGAUAUAUUGGAGCGCGUCGAAACCAUAAUUGACCAUUUCACGUUUCUUCUGUACCAAAACGUGUGCAGAAGUCUCUUUGAAAGACACAAGCUUCUAUUCGCUUUUCUGCUGUGCGCUCGAAUUUUACUCGAUAAAGGAGUCAUAAAGUUUCAGGAGUUUAACUUCUUAUUGAAUGGAGGCAAGAUUGAAGAGGAACUGGAGAACCCUGAACCCAAAUGGAUCUCCACUCGAAUGUGGUUAGACAUGCAGGAGCUCGCGUCGUUGCCAACCAUGCACCAGUUUGUGAUGGACUUUCCGAACCAGACUAAGUUCUUCAAGAUGUUCUACGAUGCUUGGAACCCUCAUAAGUUACCAUAUCCGAAACCAUUGGAUUCGCAACUGGAUGCUUUUCAGAAGCUACUUGUAUUAAAGUGUCUGAGACCAGAUAAACUUAUUCCUGGACUUCAGGACUAUGUAGUGACAGGUUUAGGAGCAAGGUUCGUGGAACCACAGCCGGCGGACUUGGCUGCACUAUAUGCCGAGUCGGACCCCUUAGCGCCUAUCAUAUUUGUACUUUCCACUGGUACUGACCCUGCAGCAGAUCUAUUAAAGUUUGCCGAUAAGAUGAAAAUGGGAAAACGGUUCGAAAGUAUUUCACUAGGCCAAGGUCAGGGGCCUAUAGCUGAAGCUAUGAUGAGGGUUGGUUGUGAUUUUGGAAAUUGGGUCUUUUUCCAGAAUUGUCAUCUGUCGCCAUCCUGGAUGCCCGUGCUGGAGUUAAAUGUAGAGCAAAUUAUACCAGAAGCGGUGCACAAGGAUUUCCGUUUAUGGUUGACCUCGACACCAUCGCCAUUUUUCCCAGUUGCUUUAUUGCAAAAUGGUUACAAAAUGACAGUGGAACCUCCUAGAGGUAUCAAAGCAAAUCUUCUAAAAGCAUACAUGAAUCAAGUCCCAGAUUUCUUGGACUACUUUAAUUCUUCGGACAGCAAAGUUCCGAACUUUAAGUGGCUUCUUUUCUCUCUCUGUCUAUUCCACGGCGUGGUUCUGGAACGCCGUAAGUUUGGACCACUCGGCUUCAACAUACCCUACGAGUUUACUGACGGUGAUCUCCGUAUUUGUAUCUCUCAGCUGCACAUGUUCCUUACCGAAUACACUGAAGUGCCUUUGAGGAUGCUGACGUAUACUGCGGGACACAUCAACUACGGUGGUCGUGUGACAGACGACUGGGACCGACGCUGCUUGCUGUGUCUACUGUCUGACUACUACACCACUGCUGUACUCAAUGAUCGCUGCAUCUUUGACGAAAGCGGCGCUUACAAGCAGCAACCUUCCUGGUCAACAAUCGAUGAUUAUACAAAAUACAUCCGCACACUGCCACUCAAUGACGAUCCAUCUUUGUUCGGACUUCAUGGCAACGCUAACAUCAGUUACGCCACGUCGGAAACAAGGACAUGUAUCAGUAUUCUAAGCAACCUGCAACCGAAGGAAGUAACCGGUGAAGGAGGAUUGUCAGCUGAAGAGAUGACAGAACUGGCUGCUAAGGAUAUUCUUAAUGUGCUACCACCAAUGUUGGACACAAAGUUUAUUGCCGCUACGUAUCCUGUAUCGUACAAGGAGUCUCUGAACACCGUGCUUAUACAGGAAGCGAUCAGAUACAAUAAACUACUGACUGUCAUCAGCACUUCUCUGAGGGAUCUUCAAAAAGCGUUGAAAGGACUGGUGGUAAUGUCAGAAGCAUUGGAGAGUAUGUCCAACAGCCUGGCCCGCAACGCUGUGCCGACUAUGUGGAGCGCACGGGCAUACCCCUCGCUUAAACCUCUUGCGGCAUGGGUCAAAGACCUAUGCAUGCGAGUCCAAUUCAUGCAGAGCUGGGCUGAUGGUGGCAUUCCCAAGGUGUUCUGGAUAUCUGGUUUCUACUUCCCUCAAGCGUUCCUGACUGGCGCACUGCAGAACUAUGCGAGGAAGCAUGUGAUUGCCAUCGACACUGUGUCGUAUGCUUUUGAGGCUCUCCAACUUCCUCCGCAAAAGAAGCCAGAUGACGGGUGCUGUGUGAGCGGCCUGUUCUUGGAAGGCGCUCGAUGGAACAGCGCUGAAAUGGCUCUUGAAGAGAGUCGGCCUAAGGAGCUUCACACAGAAAUGGCGAUAAUCUACAUGAAGCCAGAACAGAACCAUCGCCUGGCGUCCGGCCUCUACGAAUGCCCGACAUACAAGACUUUAGUUCGAGCUGGGACAUUGUCCACAACUGGGCAUUCCACCAACUACGUGAUGACCAUAGAACUGGUCACUCAUAAGCCACAGGCGCAUUGGAUCAAACGUGGCGUUGCAUUAUUCUGUGCUCUUGAUUAUUGAUACAACUUAUAAUACUAAUAUGUUUAAGUUUUUGUUAAUUAAAUACAUAUACGAUUAUUAUUAU